AUGGCUGCGGCAGCUGCGGCAGGGCCAGACUGCAUGUCCCCCCUGCUGUCUGAGGAGGGUUCACAGCCGUGCCUGGAGGACGAGGCCGGGCCGGGGUCACAGCCCGACGGCGUGACCCCACGUCACACAGCGUCUGCGUCUCCUCGUGGGCGGAGCCCCGGCCUCUGCGCGCCCGAGCUCAGCCAGCUUGUGCACCUUGUCUGA